GUCGGCUGGCGAUCGUGCGGGUUUUGCGCGUCUACCUCUUCUUCUCUCUCGCGGGAAAAACGUGAUACGACCCGGCGUUUUUUAGCUGAAAGUUUUCGCCGCGGUUUUUCUAUGAAAAUUGAAAUCGGUGACUCGGGAAAGACGUUGUGGCGGUAGAGGCGUAGUGUUAGAGGAAACACAUUUCGGACGUUUCGAUAGCGGCCUUCUAGACGAGCUACACAUUGUUAUGCCCCUCACAGUACCUACUUCUUGACAUAUUCAUUUUGUGGAAUAAACAUGUUAUCAAAGAAUCUCUCGAGAAACAGUUGUUGUUAUUGUUGGAAAUUCGGAAUUGCGGAUUUACUCAUUCCGCGAAGUUGAAUAUUCGAGUAUUUUUGGGAAAAUUCAUUUUUAUUGAGUUACGUAGAUAACAAUUGCUGCGAUGACGAAUAAAUUCUUGAAGAAGCAGGUACUAGCUAGUUGCGCUAUAUUAGCGCUAGGGGCGAUGGUAGUAUUCGUAUGGGUGGCAUUUAGUCAAGGGGCGUUCAAAACCCAGCGACAAUAUAGCUCUGUCAACGUCACAUUGGCAGUUCCAGUACAAAGUGGUGGGACAUUCAAUAGGACCAGACACAAAGAAAAAAUUGAAAAAACUCAUCUAGACGAUAUUGAAACGGAUGAUUUAGAAUAUGUAAAACCGAUGAAAAUUAGUCCUCCUCUAAAUUCUGAAAAUCCAUCGUUUAACCAAUAUGGCCAUUUUAGACAGAAACAAGCUAACUCAUGGGAUCUUCAUCCCUUUUAUGAAAUCGACGCAUUUGGAAAAAAACUCAUUUUAGAAUUGGACUUCAACGGCAAAUUCGUCGCGCCAAAUUUACAUAUCGUCACACACUUUAAGGAGAAUUUUACGCAAAGAACCAAACACGAUCCUAGAGUGUUGGGGUGUUUUUAUACAGGAAGAAUCAGAAGUGAUCCUAACUCCAAAGUGGCUGUUUCUCUAUGUGACGGGAUGAUGGGUUACAUUAACACGAAUGACAGCAGCUAUUACAUCGAACCAGCUGAAACAUUUACGAAAGGUUCCAUGACCAGUUUGAUGCAUAGGAUUAAAAAGUUACCACAUCCUACAAGAAAAUUCAAUGAUGUCACUUUUGACACAAACGAAUUUUAUGAGAACAGUGAAAAUCGCACGAUUGUCAUAGACGAUCCUGACAACAAAGCUGACAACCCUAAAAGCCAUCACUUGAAAAAACGCUCUGUACAUCUUUACGACUCAAACGAUAUAGAAGGUACUUGCGAUGUGAUAACAAAUACUGCAAAUUUAACAUCUGAAGAUGGACCUCGUCCGCGACGAAACGCCGAAUGGAGCAACAUAAACAGGUUAAGCAACGUGUCUUACGUCAAAGUGUUAAUAGUAGCCGACAGAACCAUGGUGAAAUAUCACGUUACGCAGGACGAUUUGACGUAUUAUAUUUUAACUAUUAUGGGACAUGUUUCAUUUCUGUUUAAAGAAGAAACAAUAGGGAACGCAAUUUCGGUAGCUCUAGUCAGAAUUGAAGUACUAACGGAUCUCGAUUUUUCCAACACAAACUCUGCAGGAAUGUUACAGAAAUUCUGUGCCUGGACAAGAGAUAACAUCCAAGACAGAGCUCACAAUGUUGCGGUGCUGUUAACUAGAGAUACCAUAUGUAGGAAUGACAAUGAUAUUUAUCAGCAUUGUUCAACACUAGGAGUAGCUCAAGUUGAUUCAAUGUGCCAAUCCGGAUGUGCCAUAGUAAAGGAUAAGGGCCUAGCAACAUCUUUUACCAUUGCUCAUGAAAUAGGGCAUGUUCUAGGUAUGCCUCACGACGAAGACAAAAAAUGUGAAAGAUUUAAUAAGGACAUCAAUACUAAUAAUAUUAUGACAUCUGUUUUCAAAAGGUCUUUUACAUGGUCUCCUUGCUCCAGUUAUUAUGUCACAGAAUUUUUAAAUUCUGGAAGGUCUAGCUGCCUAGAUAAACCACCAACAAAUGAUUACUUGCCCACUUAUGCCUACACGGAAACAUUACCAGGGGAUAAAAUUGAUUUGGAGAUACAGUGCGAACUGGAAUUUGGACCUGGUACAAGAGUCUGCUUAUCUAAUGAAAUUUCUGAUUUGCUUGGUUACAAGUCUCAUGAAUGGUUAUCACCCAGUGUAUCUGCACCAUGUCAAUAUUUAUACUGCUUUAAUGCGAAUACAAGCCAAUGCAUUUCAACUUAUGUACCUUGGGCAGAUGGAACUAGAUGUGGCGAGAGAAAGGUCUGUUUUAAUGGACAAUGCAGAUAUGAACAUGAACUGGUUCCACGAGAUGGAGGAUGGGGACCAUGGCAACCAUUCGGACCAUGCAGUAGGACUUGUGGAGGAGGUGUGGCAGCAUCUAAAAGAUUUUGUAACUCACCGAAACCAGUCAACGGUGGUUCAUAUUGCAUUGGUGAAAAUGUAAGGUACCGAUCGUGUAACACAUCUGAGUGUGAAUUUGGAGCUAUACCAUUUAGAACAAAGCAGUGUGUAGAUUUCAAUGGACGAACUGAAGAAAUUCUAAAUUCUUCAACCUUAAUUAAAUGGGAACCUGACUAUGAUAUAGAAAAUCCAGAAGAUUACUGUAAGUUAUUUUGCAUUCCAAACAAACUAAAACCCAGCUACAGAUUAAUGGACAAGGUAAUAGAUGGUACAAAAUGCGGUCCAUCUGGAUUCGGUAUUUGCGUUAAUGGUAUCUGCGUGGAGGGUGGUUGUGACAACAUUCUACAUUCUUCCAUGGUUUUAGAUGAAUGUGGUAUUUGUGGAGGAGAUAACAGUCGUUGUCAAGAAAUUACCAAAACUUAUAAUAAGUCAGCCGAUGCAAUCCCUAGUUACAACAGAGUAGACAGAAUUCCAAAAGGCAGUUCGAACAUCAAUAUAACACAAUAUUCUUAUCCGUACUUAACGAGAGACAGCUCCUACCUUGUAUUAGCUGAUGGUGAAACAGAAGAUUUCCUUCUAAAUGGCGAUCUCUUAAUCAACAUGGAUGCGCGUGAAAUACCGUUUGGUAACAUCAAGUUAAAAUACAGCGGUGCCAAUACUGCAACAGAAUGGAUCAUUAGUGAAAAAAAUAAAAAAUUGCCGAAAGAUUUGGUGAUCAAAGUACUGUCGUAUGAUUCGUCUGUCCCUAAUAUUCACUAUAGAUAUAUCAUCGACGUCAAGGAAGCACCAAGUUAUGGUUGGCAACUUAAUCCAAACCAACGUUGGACUAAGUGCAAUUCAAUUUGUGAGGGAAAACAAUACAGGAAGCCUGCCUGUAUGGAUUUGCUCACUCAAAUUGAAGUCAAACCUAACUUAUGUGACAAUGUGGAAGACAAGGCGAUUCAACAAAGAGAUUGUAAUACGCACUGUCAACUGACUUGGAACAUUGCUUCAAAGAGUGCUUGCUCGCCUCAAUGUGGAAAAGGAAUUCGAAAUGUCUACUACAACUGUAUGAAAGUGUAUAAAACAAAGGCAAAUUAUAAUGAAUUUGUUAAUGAUAAGCAUUGUACAAUUCUAACAACACCACCAGCUAGAGAAAGUUGCAAUACCAUAUGCAAUUCUACAAGAUGGAACUAUUCACAGUGGUCAGAGUGCAGCAAAACUUGUGGAGGAGGUAUACAGAGAAGAACAGCGAAAUGUAUCGAUGACAGAAAUACACCUAUAGAUGAUUCUUAUUGUAACAAUAGCGAGAUGAUUACAGAACAGAUAUGUAAUACUGAAAACUGCCCUGUGUGGACAUUGGCUGAUACAUCAUCUUGUUCGAGGUCUUGCGGUGGUGGUUACAGAAAUCUAACCUAUUACUGUGUACUGGAUGGUAGAAUUCACGAAGAUUACGCGUGCGAUCCGCUCACCAAACCUUCGGAUAGAGAAAAAUGUAAUGAACAAGCUUGUGGUAGAUGGGCGCCUCUCAAUAAUUACCAUUCUUGUUCGGUAACUUGCGGAGAGGGAAUAGAACGGCGGAUAUUCGUUUGCAAGAAAUUUGAUUCGGAUACAGUUUUGGAUGACAUUUUUUGUAGGGACUUGAAAAUACCGACGGAGACGAGGCCUUGUUAUAAAGCGAAAUGUGACUUUUUGAGUACCUUCGCCCACAGAAGGCACUCACUAAGAGACGAAUUCGAUAACUCCGUAAUAACAGAACCAUUAGUCAGACUUAGAACAUAUAAAUGGGCUGCAGGAGAUUGGUCUACGUGUUCACAAUCUUGCGGCGGAGGAAAAAGCAAGCAAUAUUUUAAAUGCAUAGACGACAAUGGCGACGAGAACAGCAUGAUGUGCGAUCCAAACAAAAAGCCCAAUAACAUCAUAAGUUGUAAUCAAUUCGCUUGUCCCAAAUGGAAGACAGGGGACUGGAGUCGAAGCUGCGAAUCGAAUUGCGAAAGAUAUCGGCAAGUUAGGUGUACAGAUAGUUCAGGAAAAAUUGUGGCUGACAUCCAAUGUGAAAAUUCGAAGAAACCAGAAAAUUCGACUAAAUGCAAACUCACCGAAUGCCCUUACAUGACAAACACCAUCCCAAGGGGAUAUUUCGAUUCUUCCGAAAAAGGUGACAAAAGAUAUCGAUGGAAACUUGGACCUUGGAAACCGUGUUCCAACUUUUGCGGCAAAGGCACCAGGCGACGUCACAUUGAAUGCGAAGACGCGCUCAAUGAACUUACCGUGGUCGAUGCGUUUUGUAAACACCUGAAAAAGCCGAGAAUUACAAGGCCGUGCGAGCGGUAUAGCUGCAAGUUAGCCUGGAUAGAAGGGUAUUGGUCGGCUUGUUCAGCUACUUGUGGUACCGGUGUUAAGAAAAGGAACGUUACCUGUCAUAGGGUUUAUAAAGGAGGUGUCAUCGAUCCGGUAGCUUUACCGGACCACUACCAUCAAAAUUACUGCUCUCUUAAAAACAAACCUCCAACAACUGCAAAAUGUAUUUUGUCGCAUUGUGGCGAUCAAUAUAUUUGGCAACCAGAACCUUGGAAACAGUGUUCACAUCAAUGCGGCAGAAAGGGACGCCAAAUCCGCGUUAUCCAUUGUGUCAACGCAUGGUCGAAACAAAAAGUUCCGCGAUUCCACUGUCGCAGAAACCUUAAACCGCCGAGAAAACGUAAAUGCAACCAAUGGAAAUGUCUCUACAGAAGCUGCAAAGAAAUCAAACAUUACACAGGCACCAAAGAGAACAGAGACUAUGUUAUAUCGUUACAUAGUAGACCUGUACAGAUUCACUGCUACAAAAUGGAUACACCUGAGCCACUAGAGUAUAUCAGUUUGCAUCCAGAUACUAUGAAUUUUGCUGAAAUUUACGGCAGAAGAUUAAUAAAUGAAAGGACAUGUCCGUAUAGUGGCCAAAGACGAGACGACUGCCCAUGCGACCACGUAGGUUCUGAAAGAUCGGGUUUCACAAAAUUCUGGAAAGUCAGACUGGACAUAUCAUCCAUGAAAAUAAUUGGCGACGAUUAUACCUUUUCCAAACAGAUUAACGGUACACAGGUGCCUUAUGGUAGCGCUGGAGAUUGCUACAGUUCGGUACAAAACUGUGGACAGGGCCAAUUUGAAGUAGAUUUAGCACAUACAUCAUUUAGGCUGGCCAACAACGUGAGAUGGGAGAAAUUGGGACCCUAUGCAUCGGCGCAAAUUCGAAGAUCUGACACCAGAGCUUCAGGUAAAUGCGGAGGUUACUGUGGAAAUUGUAUACCAGAUCCCAACAUUGGUCUAGCCGUGGAAAUUACCUAGAUUUUUUUGCCGGGAACUUUGAUGUAAUGUGUUCAUGAGAGAUAAGACCAAAUAACUAAAAUCAAUCUACAAUUUUUAACUAGAAAACGUUGUAAUAUUCAGAAUAUUGAUCCAAACGGCGAUGGAGAUGCUAGAUAUUUUUUGUCUAUUACAAGUGGACAUUUCGAAAAAAUAAUAUAGAGGGUCUUGACUAGCUUUUACCUUAAAUUUUCGAAUCAGUAGUGUUUUAAUUUGUGCAAAUAUUUAUUUCAUUUGAUGAUACCUGAUGAAAUUAAUAAUGAUGAUAAUAAUAAUGUUUAUGAGAAAAAUAUAUAGAAACUACAAAUUACAUAAAGAAAAAACUAUGAAAAUCAAUCUUAAAUGAACUUUUAUAUCUUAAAAAUAAUAAACAUAAUUUUUUAAUGAGAAUAUAAUUUAGGUACCACAUGUUUAGGCCAUUUGGGUUGAUUGAUUUGUUAUUAAGGAGUGACAAUACAAUUACAGUGUUAUAUUAUUGCUGUUGUAAAUGUCUUACCUUUCAAUACAAAUCAAUAUCUGACAGAUAAUCAUUAUUAUAUUAUUUUUCUAAAUAUAAUUUCAUAGCUAUACUUAAAUAUCAAUAUAUUUUUUUUUAAUUCCAACUCAUGCCAGUCCCAAACUUGGGAAAAUAAUACUCGUGCUUUUCAUACUCAUCUUAUUUUCGUCGUUAUGACUGACAUUCGAGGCAUUUAAAAAAAAUGGUCUAUAAUAAUGGUACCACUUAUUAUAUUUCUCUUUACAAAAUAUUAUUUAUCAUCAUCAAAUAAAAAUUUGAUUCUUACUUUUUUAAGAUGGAAGCUAGUACAACCCUAUGUCCAUACAAAACGAUACUCUCUAUUAAAAAAUAAUUAUAUGUUAGCUUAAAAAGAUGAAAAAUCGUAUUGUAAGAAGACUUCAACUGUAUUAUAAAAGAAUAUAACUGCCCAGUAUUUUAGUAUUAAAAAAACAAACGCGGAAAAAGUACUAUACAUAUUAAGUAGGUUAAAAAACACAAAUGCCAUACCAAAAUACUUCCUAAAAAUCAAGUCGAAUGGGUUUGAUGUUCAAUUUCGUUUAAUUAUUUUACCGACCUUAACAAUAUAGAAGACAAAUAAUUUGAAAUGGUGUUUUGUAGGUAAAUAUCUAAUAACAAAAAAAUAAUUUCUGAAAUUUUUUAUAUUGUUUCCGAAAACAUAGUACAUACAUACUUCUACAGAAUAUUCUCCUCAGUAAAUAAACAUAAUUUUUUUAUUAGAAUGUCUAGUCAAAAAAAAAACGUUCUAAUGAUGAUCCGUUUAAACACCACAAAGUUUUUAAUUGAUAUUGUAUGAUAUAUUGCUAUUCGGAAUAAAAAGAACUUUAAGAAAAGCAAAAUAUAAAAGUCCCGUAUCUUAUAAAAAGCUUAUGAAUUUGAUUGUUUAAGUAGAGAAAAUAAUCAAACAGAAAACACGUUCAAGUUUCUUCUAUUUAUUUGUACAAUUAGAAGAUAUAAUAAAAAUAUCUUAAG